AUGAGCAUCGCUGACGGCGUGGAAAACAGCAUCGCCUCUGCCCGCCGCUACGCCUGCGAGGGCUUCGCGCUGUUUCUCAAGGCCAAGAUGAAUUGGACUUACAAGCCCCUCGCGCAGGAGAAUAUCGAUCGCUUCAGGCGGUGGCUCCCUGCUCUUGGGUACACGGGUAAGAGGUGCUUGCCACACGGCUCCUACCUGAUCAAUUUGGGCAAUCCGAACAAUGUCAAGCGGGCUCAAGCCAUGGAUAGCUUCCUCGACGAUCUGCGAAGGUGCGCCCUGCUCGGCAUCUCGGUGUACAACUUCCAUCCAGGCUCCGGCGUAGGCGAGUGCACAAAGGAGCAAGCUUGUACGAAUAUCGCCACGUGCAUCAAUGAAGCCCACCUCACACUCGCAAAAGAAAACCUUUCGUGCCCGAUCAUUCUACUCGAGAACAUGGCAGGUCAGGGUCAGCAAGUGGGGCGAUACUUCGAGGAGCUGGCAGACGUCAUCGCCCAAGUCAGGGACAAGGGGAAAGUGGGCGUCUGUCUGGACACGGCGCACGCUUUUGCUGCUGGGUUCGACAUUCACACCAUCGCAGGCUUCAACGCGAUGAUGGCCGACUUUGACCGCAUCAUCGGUGCGCAGUACCUGCACGGCAUGCACCUCAAUGACUCCAAGGAAGCGCUUGGGUCUCGCAAAGAUCGGCAUGAGAACAUUGGGCAGGGGCACAUCGGCCUGGCGCCCUUUUGGUGUAUCAUGAAUCAGGAGCGCUUCGCCGGGAUGCCUCUGGUGCUCGAGACACCUGCGGCGAGCUGGCGGGUAUGGAAGGGGGAGAUCGAGGCUCUCUACGAGUUGCAGGGGCUGCCGGAAGAGGAAGGGGCGUGGCGGGGGGUGAAAGAGAAGUUGAAGGCAUUGAGCGAAUUGCCAAAGGAGAUGGCGGGGACUGAUAUCGCAAAGGCCGGAUUGCCGCCGAAGCCCUACAAGGAUCAGAGGACCAAAGGGGAGGGGGACAAGAAAGGGGCCACGGGCAAGACCGCCCAAGCAAAGGUGAAAAAAGCUACGGCAGUCAAGAAGGAGAUAUUGAGAGGGCAGGCUUUACAGCACGCCACGGACGAGCUUGCCAUUGACAGGCCUGCCGCAGACGGUGGUCUCGCACCCAAGAGGAAGAGGAAGGCGCUGUGA